UUGUAAACAUUUUGGACAGAAUUCAAAAUGAUGAAGUUAAAGAUGUAAUAAUAAGUGAUACACUAAUUAAAAGAUACGCAGUCUUAAAAAUGGAGGGUCUUGGAGAUAAAGAGGAUCAACAGACCAACGAUAUUUACAUUGUUACACAAAAGGCAAGAACUCUUGGAAGGUUGGUUCUAGAAGCAAAGAAGAUUAAUAAAAAUGGUAUCAUCAAUAUGGAUUCUUUGUUAAAACCAGAAAAUUUUGAUUUGGUCGUUAAAUGUGCCAAAAGAAUGUCGCAUGAACGUGACGUUUUGUCCUUAGGACGAUUUCUAGGAAAUCUUCUAGGCCAUAUUAUCCAAGUUAAAAUCGGCCAGAGUUUUAGGGAUAAUAACGAGGUGAAGAUCAAAGAAGCAUCAGGUUUCCAAAAACUAUAUGAAUCUGAAUGGAAUAACAGAGUUAAUUCAGUAUGCUUAAAAAAACACAACAUUUUGAACAGAAAACAAUUGCAGACUAUACCCAUUACGGAAGAUUUAAAAACUUUCAGACAAUUCAUUACCGACAACAUGAAAUCUGCAAAAGAUUCUUUAAACACAGAUAGAACAUUUGAAAACUGGAACAGGCUAUCGAAACUCACACUUUGCAGACUUAUUCUGUUCAACAAGAGGAGGAGAGCUGAAGUAAUAGAGCUUAAAGUGGACGAUUAUGAAAAGAGACCGAAAUGGAAUGAAGAUACAAAUCAAGAAAUCAUGUUGUCUCUUUCUAAAACUGAUCAGAUUCUUUCUAGAAGGAUGGAUAUGAUGAUAUCUGGCGGAAAAUCACGCAAAAAUGUUGACGCAUAUGUUUUGUUUCCCCCUGACUGUAAACAGUCUGCAGACUUAAUGAUGGCAACGAGAGCCGAAGCCGGAAUAAGACAUUCCAAUCCUUACCUCUUUGCCAGACAUUACUCAGACACUCCAUUAUCAGGGAAUUUGGAAAUGAGGGAACUAGCAGAAAGUUUUCCAGGCUUAAAGUAUCCCGAAAGAAUAAAUUCCAGAUUAUUGAGAAAGUACACGGCAACUGUAUCCCAGUUACAACCGUGA